AUGGCGGAAACGGAGGUAGCAGCCACGUCAUCCCCUCAACACCAUACGCUGCGGAAAGACGACUUGGAUGCCAAGGCUUUUAGUGUGUCCGAUACCACUAGACCCGAGGAACCAGUGCAUCUAGACCCUCAUAAAAGGCCUCAUAAAGUUAUCUUACUCUUUGGGGAGACGGGGGUAGGCAAAAGCUCACUCGUCAACCUCAUGGCGGGAACGGCAGUAGCACCCACAUCUCCUGACGUGGGCCGCUGUACGAUGCACUCGCAAGAUUAUACUAUUGAAUUCGAUGGCGAGUCUUAUAAGGUGUUCGAUACCGUUGGACUUGAGGAACCGCAGCUGGGAAUAAAACAGUACCUCGACUCUGUCGAGAAUGCCUCCAAGCUCAUCCAGAAUUUGGAUAAACACGGUGGCAUUGAUUUGCUUCUGCUCUGCAUCCGCGCAGGCAGACUCACUGCUACGGUUAAGAGUAAUUACAGGCUCUUUCACGAGUUCCUCUGCGAGAAGAAGGUUCCUAUUGUUCUCGCGAUCACGAACCUUGAACGAGAGCAAACGAUGGAGGACUGGUGGAAGAGAAACCAUAAAACCUUCCGUCAAACCGAUAUCUACGUCGCUGGUCAUGCGUGCCUCACUGCCGCUGAUAAACAGACACUCAAACACCCACACCUUUAUGACGAAUCGCGCGUCACGAUCCGCAAUCUUGUUAAGGAGCAUACUGCUGACGGUCAGAAGCAAGCAUGGAUAGGAGGGGACAACCUGUUCGUGUCGUUGAUGCGUAGGCUGAAGGAGUUGCUUGCAGGGAAGGCGCAUAUGAAGAAGAAGGAUCUUGUCUCUCGUCUCAUGAAGCGUUGCGAGAUGACACAAGAAAUUGCAGCAAGCUUGGCUGAUAUGAUCAGGAAGGACGUGGCACCAGUGACCACUUGA